AUGAACGAUGGCAGACAAGGCAAUCUCCGACCCAGCCGUCUCCUGGACGCUGAUAGUCAGGCCCGCGGCGACGCAGAUGUCGCGGUGGCGGCGCCCCUUGGUCAGGCCGCCAUUCUUGGAGAUCUUCAGUCCAAUGCCAUCCGCCGCAUCGUCGGCGAUGAUCUGGAUGAUGGAUUCAUCGCCAACAGCCAGCUCAUCGAGGAAUAUCGGCACGUCAGUCCGGCGUCGGAGAGCAAGCGUUUCUCUCCACGUAGCGCACGGGGCUUCCAGAACGAAAUCAAGACCGGGAGGGAGCUGCCUCAGCAUCCGGAGAGCGCUCUCAACAGUCAUUCCUCCGUUGGCAUCGACGAUGAAGAACUCGCCCGGUUUCUUAGCCGCCGUGAUUCGUUCAGCGUCAAUCGUAGGGUCGUCGCCUACUUUGAGAGAAUGUCCCGUGUAUCCCUCAGCUCGGAAUGCUUCAACCUGCUGACGCGUCUCGGCUGGACCGGUGACUGGGCACGAAUCGAUGAUUGGCAUUUUCACAUCCGUGCGGCCCCCGAGAAGCUCGCAUACGGGAAGUCCAGUGGCCUUGCCAAAUAUGUCCCAGCAAGCCACAUCGAUAGCUGUCUUCGCGUGAGAGUGGCCGAUCAGGGCCGCGUCCAUGGCAUCGUAGACGCGAUCGACUCUUCGAGGGUCUAA